GCAGGAGUGAGACUGAGGAUAAAAUGUCUCCCAGUGACCAAAGAGAUAAGAGGAACCGUGUGGCACAGCUGGUCGUGGCUACAGGACAGAGGACUGCCACUUAAUAUGGAGGCUCUGUGUUCCAUCCAGGGGGUCUUUUCUCAGCUUCAGUCCAGAGCUCGGCUCACUGUGGAUGGACACAAGCUGCUCGCCUCCGGCUUGAAUGUCAGUGUGGCCGAUGGACGUCUGGCCCUGCUGCUCUCCUACUCUCCACCAGCUUCUGAUCAAACAGGGACACGGCGCAGCAUGGACGCUACCCUGACUGCUCAGUUCAAAGGUCCUCUGCGGAGCGCCUCAGUAGACGUUCACUCUCACGACUGGAGAGUCCGGGUGGUGGGGGACGUAGGAGGCUGGGGGGCACGCGGAGGGUCCAAGGAGGCCAGAGUCACACUAAAACACACCAUACAGGGACAAUCUAGCCCUGCCUUACAGGUGGAGGCAUGGGGAAGACUUACCGAGUCACAGCUGAGGUGCUCCAUGGCUGUGAACCCUGAGCUCAGCUCCUCGCUGGCACUCAUCAUCCAGGGACACCAUCUGCCACAUAGCAAGGACCUGAUGGUGAAGGUGGUCCACAAUAUUCCCACAAUGUUGGUUUAUCUACCCUCUCAGCUCAACGUUCGCUCUCAGCUGAACCAGUCUCAGUCCAGUGUGGCAGGUUUGGUGGAGGUGAUGUCAGGCAGGAGGAGGCUGUGGGCUCUGGGGGAGCUGGCUGCUAUAGAGAGUGGAUACAGACAGGCUCUAGAGCUCAAACACUCCUACCCACAGUUGAAGCCGCUGCCCAGGACUGUCGCAGUGAGGACUGUGUAUGAGGCCAGGAACUGGAGCUACCAAGUUCAACAUGGAGCUGUGUGGGGCAGUCAGGAGUUCAUCCUGUCUGGUCUCUACUCUGCACCUGCAGCACUGGAGAUGGGGAACCAGACCCUGAAGGUUCAGAUCAACUGCAUUCCCCGUUGGACUAGUUUGGAGUUGACUCUCGAGCGAUCCUUACAUGGCCGACUAGACAGUGUUUUACUGGGCUGGACGAGGCAUGGUCGACUUGAGCAGGUCAGAGCUCUGAGCUUGUGGAGUCGAUCGGAGGAGACGAAUGAGACCAAACUGGAGAUGAAGCAGCCUUUCUCUUCUACGCUCAGCCAGAUGUCUCUUCACACACUGUCACACAGCUCACAGAGGGAACAACGCAGCAGCCACCAGACCCAUCUGUCAUGGGUCAGCGCAGUCCCUGUCAAUAUCUCCGUCAGCCUGAACAAACAGUGGCAGAACAACUCCAGCAGGGGGCAGGCGUGUGCUCUGUUCUCAGCGCAACAGAUGGUGGUGUCUUCUGUCAAAGGUUGUGUGUCAGCAGCUCAGGAGGGAAACUCGUAUUCCCAGAAUGCAGAGCUCAGAUGGGACAACAGGAGCAUCAAACAAGGCCUGAAGUACCAGAGGGGUCCUCGGGGAAUGCACAGCCUUCAGGUGAAUGUUGGCCUGGACAAAGUGUCUCCUGCGCCCUGUCCGUCACACACACUCCUGACUAAGAUUCAAACCAACCUCAGGGAUCGCUUGGAGCACACAGUGCUGCUGGGCCUCUGCCCACCACAGCCUAGUUUGUCGUGGUCCGGGUCCCACAGAGUGAACUCAGGAGAGGAGCUGUUGUAUACGCAGUCUCGCCUGUCAGUGACAGGACGGCCCUACCAGUGCAGCCUCACCUUUGCCUUGACCAACUCCUCCGCUGCUCAGGGCUCCAACAUGUCUCUGUUCUCUGAGUCUCGGAUUGGUAAUUGGAGUGUGGAGGUGGGGGGCAGUGCCCUCUCUUCACCCCGGGGGUCUGGACUCCAGGUGCGAGCCAGAUUGGAUGGUAAAGAAAAGUUUUGGCUGAACGGGACAGCAGAGGGAAGAUGUCUUCAGACCACAGCAGGUUAUAUGAACGGUCUGAGAGAGGACGUCACUGUGGUGGCGUGUGUGGGAACGAAUCGCAGUUUGACGCUGGAGGUGCAUAAAAGAGACGGCAGCAACACACCUGAGGCUCUGGGCAGUGUGUCUGUGGGACUGGCCAAUCAGAGGCUGAUGCUGAGAGCGAGUGGCUGUUUGGGAAGUCUAACUGCAGUGGAGGCAAGGAUUCAACACUUGAGCUCUCAGAUACGGAAUAAGCUGCUGGAGAGAGUCAAGACAUUACAGCAUCUCCUCACUGAAUUCAGACGGCAGUCCAGGGACAGUGAGUUGCUCCAGGAGCUGAGUGCCGUGCCCCUUCAUAUCUCCCAGCAAGCACAAAGUCUGCUGGAGCACAGAGACAGAAGUCUGUUGGCACUGUGGCAGAACGGCCCCCUGCGGCGAAUCGUGACCGACAGCCUUCCCCACUUCCUCGGCCUGCUGCAGCACGCCUCCCUGCUGGGACAACAGGAGCUGAGGAGGCCCCUGGCCACUCUGGCAGGUGUGUACCAAGAUGUGAAGGGCCACAGGCUGGAGGCGUUGUGGAGGGAGGCUGUUUCGUUGUGGACUGACGGACUGGUGGAGGUUCUGCCUGUGCUGCUGGAGAACACUCAGCUGAGGCCGCUGGCUCAGGCCAGUGUUACAAUGCUCAGCAUCGCCCUGGAUGUGGCAGGACAGCAUACCUAUCAUUGGGUGGAGACCAGAUUGGCAAUGGCUCUGUCUGGAGUCCGGAAACGACUGGCCUCUGUCUACAAAUUCUCCCCCAGUGAAUGUUCAGUGGUUGCGUCAGUGCCGCUGCCACCGCUCCCCUGGUCCAGGGUAUUGGAGGCUGGACUGGUGGAGAUCCUUCUGGAGGAGUGGCUCCUGAGGCCCCUGCAGACCUUCGCCUCCAUCAGGCCCACAGCUGAACUCUACCGCCUCAAGAGGAAGAUCAUGGACAGCCCGUUUAUACAUCAAGCUCUGCUGGUGGCAGAUCAGUUUGUGGUGACAUUUGACGGUCAUCUGUAUGAACUCCCGGCCUCCUGUCCGCUGCUCCUCGCUCAAGACGUCAGUGCCGAGCCUUCCUUCACGCUGCUGCUCAGUUCAGACUCCCAUAACUUCCUUCAGAUAGGAAUGGAUAACAGCACUGUCACCAUUCAGGACAAUGGACAGGUGAAGGCCAACUGCAACAACGCAGUAAUGCACACAUUUCACAGCGACAGUGGAGUGACUGUCAGAAGAGGGCCGAACAUCGUGCGGGUGUCCAAUCAGAAUGGAGCGUCAGUUUCAUGUGACCUGUCGCUUGAGCUGUGCAGCUUCACUCUCGAUGGAUGGUUGCAUGGAACAUCCAGUGGUCUUUUGGGAACUAAUGACAAUGAAGCAGGAAACGAUUAUCUUUUGCCUGAUGGAUCUCAGGCUGAAAACUUGGAGGAAUUUUUCCACAGUUGGCAGAUGAAACCGGAGUGUGUUAUACCUCCAGGUGUAACGGACCACUUCCCUAAAUCAUCCACAAGCCCUGUGAGCUGUGGCUUUCUGUUCAACUCUCCUGAAUCUCCUCUGAGUUCCUGUUUCAGGGUGGUGGAUCCUGCUCAGUUCUUGUCAGUGUGCGAGUUAAGCUCCUCCAGAGCACCCUGCAGAUUAGCCUCUGCUUUUGUUCAUCUCUGCCAGCAGAACUACAUACCUCUGGAGGUCCCCGUCCAGUGCGUGAGGGUAUGAAGCGAAGAAGAGCUGAUGAAGAGCAAAGAUUGGUGAUUUAUGACCUCUGUUAGCUGCUAAAACUGACAAAUGUACACUUUUAUACCACUGUUUGUGCUACAUUACUUUUACAGUUAUAUUUUGUAUUAAAGGUCCAGUAUGUAGGAUUUAGGGGGAAGUAUUGGCAGAAAUGGAAUAUAAUAUAAUAAGUAUGUUUUCUUUAGUGUAUAAUAACCUGACAGUAAGUUUACAUCUACAUAGGGAGCAGGUCCUCGUUUACAAAGUCUGCCAUGUUGCACCGCCAUGUUUCUACAGUAGCUGAGAACGGACAAACCAAAUGCUGGCUCUAGAUAGGGACAUUCAUAUUUUUGCUGUGUUCUUUUUUGUUCUUUUUUAACAUGAAACAGAUUUAUUUAGUGUUUAUACCAUUUUAAAUCACCAGGUCUGUUUGCUUUGGGGGGGAGGAGACCUCUGCAGAUAAUUUGACUUCUGGUAAAAAAGCUUUUGAACAGGCUAGUGGCCUGUCUCCAUCCUGCCAAACAGCAUUGGAGAAGCACUGAUUUGUAAUGUGAAGCUGCUUUAUUCAGUGUUUAUACUGUUUAACAACGGUUCCUUUUGUAUUGGAGAGGAAGAGACCUUGCGGAUAAUCUGGCUCACGGUAAAAACCUCCUGACUGUCUGGAUCAGAAAAAGGCAGAAAGACAAAGAGGUCAAAAGAAAUAUUCUCCAAA